AUGCUCGCACCAAUUGUUACCAAAGACAUGAAGCUGUUUCCGAUCCAAAAAAUUCCGCAAAUCAAAAAUGUUCGAAGUCGUGCGCAGAGUUUGGAGCAUUUUCAGCAGCUUCAGAAUAGCUCCAAUACAAUUGAUCGUUUGGUGCCGAUAAAAUCCAGGAAUUCACAAAGCACUGGAAAUAUUUCAAGAAGUUCGGUGAAGUCUGCAAGUGGAGCAAGGAGCCCGCCAAAAUCUUCAAAUCGGAAAUCUACGUUAAGUGCGAUUCAGGAAGGUGUUGAAGUUUCCGAUCAUCAUGCGAUUCCACAUAGUCAGAGGUAAAUUCUGGGCUCUUUAGGCUCUCUAACCUCUUUGAUUGCUCCAAAACACCUCCCCACAUUCUGAGGGCUCACAAAAAAGUCAGUUUUUGGUCAAAGCACGUAAGGGUCCUUCUCCCAAUGUUUUCUCUAACCAUCUCUGCGUCUCCAAUAUUUCUCACUCUCUCUGCCCCCUCUUGCUUCCUUUUUUGAGCAGCUUGCUCACUUUUUUUUAUGUGCAAGCCCGGAAAAAAGCUGUUUUUUUUGCAGCGAAACAUGCAGUGUUCAAAAUGGCCGCAAAGUAUUUGGGACCACCACAGCAAAAAUCGAGAUUUCUGAAGAAGAGGAUACGGAUUCUGGUGGCAGAAAUAACAAUAAUAAUAAAAAGAAGCGAGGAGUUCUGAAGUGGAUCACAAAUUCAUUUUUAAAGUCGGGCGGAAAAUCGGUGGAGAAGAAUUUUGAGACGAACAGUACGAAUUCAAAUUAGGUAGGCUUGGGAGGCUUCAGAAGGCUUUAGAAGACUUCAGGAAACUUUUGAAAGAUUCAGGAGAAUUCAAAAGGCUUCAGAAGGAUUCAGAAAAUAUCUUGAAAAUUUUCCAGCAUCGGCUCAAGCUGCUCUUCACAAGAUCUCCAAAAAAACGGGUGCCAAAAUUGUUACGCUCAUUUCUAUUUGCCCUGUGAUUAA